CGCCGCCCGCAUGGCGCUCCGGAGCUUCUGCAGCGCCGACGGCUCGGAUCCGCUGUGGGACUGGAAUGUGACGUGGCACACCAGCAAUCCCGAUUUCACCAAGUGCUUUCAGAACACGGCCCUUGUGUGGGUGCCUUGCCUUUACCUCUGGGCCUGCUUCCCGUUCUACUUCCUCUACCUGUCCCGCCAUGACCGGGGCUACAUUCAGAUGACACACCUCAACAAAACCAAAACUGCCUUGGGACUCUUGCUGUGGAUCGUCUGCUGGACGGACCUCUUCUACUCUUUCUGGGAACGGAGCCAGGGCGCAUUCCUGGCCCCAGUGUUGCUGGUCAGCCCAACGCUCUUGGGCGUCACUAUGCUGCUCGCCACCUUUUUAAUUCAGCUCGAGCGAAGGAAAGGAGUUCAGUCCUCGGGGAUCAUGCUCACCUUCUGGCUUGUAGCCCUACUGUGUGCCCUGGCCAUCUUGAGAUCCAAAAUCAUGGCUGCCUUAAAGGAGAACGCCCAGGUGGACACAUUUCGCGACACCACAUUCUACGUGUACUUUUCCCUCGUGCUGAUUCAGCUCGUGCUCUCCUGUUUCUCAGACCGCUCGCCCCUGUUCUCCGAAACCAUCCACGACCCGAACCCGUGCCCGGAAGCCAGUGCCUCUUUCCUUUCCAGGGUCACCUUCUGGUGGAUCACAGGGUUGAUGGUCCGGGGCUACCGGCAGCCCCUGGAGAGCAGCGACCUCUGGUCCUUGAACAAGGAGGACACGUCAGAGCAAGUGGUGCCCGUGCUGGUAAAAAACUGGAAGAAGGAGUGUGCCAAGUCGAGAAGACAGCCAGUGCGGAUCGUGUACUCCUCCAAGGACCCUGCCAAGCAGAAGGGGAGCUCCAAGGUGGAUGUGAAUGAGGAGGCAGAGGCUUUGAUUGUUAAGGCCGCCCAGAAGGAACGAGACCCCUCCCUGUUUAAGGUGUUAUACAAGACCUUUGGGCCCUACUUCCUCAUGAGCUUCUUCUUCAAGGCCCUUCACGACCUGAUGAUGUUCACUGGCCCCGAGAUCUUGAAGUUGCUUAUCGACUUUGUGACCGACAAGGAGGCCCCCGACUGGCAGGGCUACCUGUACACGGCGCUGCUGUUCGUCAGCGCCUGCCUGCAGACCCUCGCGCUGCAUCAGUACUUCCACAUCUGCUUCGUCAGCGGCAUGCGCAUCAAGACCGCCGUGGUGGGGGCAGUCUACCGGAAGGCCCUUGUGAUCACCAACUCAGCCAGAAAAUCCUCCACAGUCGGGGAGAUCGUCAACCUCAUGUCUGUGGAUGCCCAGAGGUUCAUGGACCUGGCCACGUACAUUAACAUGAUCUGGUCAGCCCCUCUGCAAGUCAUCCUUGCUCUCUGCCUCCUGUGGCUGAACCUGGGCCCGUCCGUGCUGGCUGGGGUGGCAGUGAUGGUCCUCAUGGUGCCCUUCAAUGCCGUGAUGGCCAUGAAGACCAAGACCUACCAGGUGGCGCACAUGAAGAGCAAAGACAACCGCAUCAAGCUGAUGAAUGAAAUCCUCAAUGGCAUCAAAGUGCUCAAGCUGUACGCCUGGGAGCUGGCCUUCAUGGACAAGGUCACAGCCAUCCGGCAGGAGGAGCUGAAGGUGCUGAAGAAGUCCGCCUACCUGGCAGCUGUGGGCACCUUCACCUGGGUCUGCACCCCUUUUCUGGUGGCCCUGUCGACCUUCGCCGUCUACGUGACCGUGGACAGGAACAAUGUCCUGGACGCCAAGAAAGCCUUCGUGUCCUUGGCCUUGUUCAACAUCCUCCGCUUCCCUCUCAACAUCCUCCCCAUGGUCAUCAGCAGCAUCGUGCAGGCCAGCGUGUCCCUGAAGCGCCUCAGGAUCUUUCUGUCCCACGAGGAGCUGGAGCCCAGCAGCAUUGAGCGACGGCCAGUCAAGGACGGUGGAGGGAUUAACAGUAUCACCAUGAGGAAUGCCACGUUCACCUGGGCCAGGGGCGAGCCUCCCACGCUUAAUGGCAUCACUGUCUCCAUCCCCGAAGGCGCCCUGGUGGCCGUGGUGGGCCAGGUGGGCUGCGGGAAGUCUUCUCUGCUCUCAGCCCUGUUGGCCGAGAUGGACAAGGUGGAAGGACAUGUGGCUCUCAAGGGCUCGGUGUCCUAUGUCCCCCAGCAGGCCUGGAUUCAGAAUGACUCACUCCGAGAAAACAUCCUGUUUGGACACCCGCUGCAGGAGCGGUACUAUCAGGCCGUGCUAGAGGCCUGCGCCCUCCUCCCGGAUCUGGACAUCCUGCCCAGCAGGGACCGGACUGAGAUUGGGGAGAAGGGCGUGAACCUGUCUGGGGGUCAGAAGCAGCGUGUGAGCCUGGCCAGGGCUGUGUACUGUGACUCAGACAUCUACCUCUUCGAUGACCCCCUGUCGGCCGUGGACGCGCAUGUGGGAAAGCACAUCUUUGAGAAGGUGAUCGGCCCCAAGGGCAUGCUGAAGAACAAGACACGGAUCCUAGUCACCCACAGCAUCAGCUACCUGCCACAGGUGGACGUCAUCAUUGUCAUGAGUGGUGGCAAGAUUUCCGAGAUGGGCUCCUACCAGGAGCUGCUGACCAGGGACGGAGCCUUUGCCGAGUUCCUGCGCACCUACACCAGCACGGAGCAGGACUCAGCCUCAACGGAGGAAGGCGACGCAGUGGUGGACGAGGAGAAAGGGAAGGAGGGAAAGCCAGUGGAAAACGGCAUGCUAGUGACGGACCCGGCAGGGAAACACAUGCAGAGGCAGCUCAGCAGCGCCCCCUCCCACAGCGGGGACAGCAGCCGGCAGCACGCCAGCACCACGGAGCUGCAGAAGGCCGAGGUCGAGGAGGAGACGUGGAAGCUGAUGGAGGUGGACAAGGCCCAGACGGGCCAGGUGAAGCUGUCCGUGUACUGGGACUACAUGAAAGCCAUCGGCCUCUUCACCUCCUUCCUGAGUGUCUUCCUCUUCCUGUGCAACCACACCUCCGCCCUCGCCUCCAACUACUGGCUCAGCCUCUGGACCGACGACCCCAUCGUCAACGGGACCCAGGUGCACACGAAGGUCCGGCUCAGCGUCUACGGGGCCCUGGGCAUCUUGCAAGGGGUGGCGGUGUUCGGCUACUCCAUGGCAGUGUCCAUCGGGGGCAUCCUGGCCUCGCGCCGCCUCCAUCUGGACCUGCUGCACAACGUCCUGCGAGCGCCCAUGAGCUUCUUCGAGCGCACGCCCAGCGGGAACCUGGUGAACCGCUUCUCCAAGGAGCUGGACACGGUGGACUCCAUGAUCCCGCAGGUCGUCAAGAUGUUCAUGGGCUCGCUCUUCAACGUCAUCGGCGCCUGCAUCAUCAUCCUGCUGGCCACGCCCGUUGCCGCGGUCAUCAUCCCGCCCCUGGGCCUCGUCUACUUCUUUGUGCAGAGGUUCUACGUGGCCUCCUCCCGGCAGCUGAAGCGCCUCGAGUCAGUCAGCCGCUCCCCAGUCUACUCACACUUCAACGAGACCCUGCUGGGCGUCAGCGUCAUCCGCGCCUUUGAGGAGCAGGAGCGUUUCAUCCGCCAGAGCGACCUGAAGGUGGACGAGAACCAGAAGGCCUAUUACCCCAGCAUUGUGGCCAACAGGUGGCUGGCCGUGCGCCUCGAGUAUGUCGGCAACUGUAUUGUCCUCUUCGCUGCCCUGUUCGCGGUCAUCUCCCGGCACAGCCUCAGCGCCGGCUUGGUGGGCCUCUCGGUGUCUUACUCGUUGCAGAUCACCGCAUACCUGAACUGGCUGGUUCGGAUGUCAUCUGAGAUGGAGACCAACAUUGUGGCCGUGGAGAGACUCAAGGAGUAUUCUGAGACCAAGAAGGAGGCUCCCUGGCAAAUCCAGGAGACGGCUCCACCCAGCACCUGGCCCCAGGUGGGCUGCGUGGAGUUCCGGGACUAUGGCCUACGGUACCGAGAAGACCUGGAUUUGGUUCUCAAGCACAUCAACAUCACCAUUGAUGGAGGAGAGAAGGUUGGCAUCGUGGGCCGGACGGGAGCCGGGAAGUCAUCUCUGACUCUGGGCUUGUUUCGCAUCAACGAGUCUGCUGAGGGCGAGAUCGUUAUUGACGGCGUCAACAUCGCCGAGAUCGGCCUGCACGACCUUCGCUUCAAAAUCACCAUCAUCCCCCAGGACCCCGUUGUGUUCUCGGGUUCCCUCCGCAUGAACCUGGACCCCUUCAGCAAGCACUCAGAUGAGGAGGUCUGGACCGCCCUGGAGCUCGCUCACCUGAAGAGCUUCGUGUCGGCCCUGCCUGACAAGCUGAACCACGAGUGCGCCGAAGGCGGGGAGAACCUGAGCGUUGGGCAGCGCCAGCUUGUGUGCCUGGCCCGGGCUCUGCUCAGGAAAACGAAGAUCCUCGUGUUAGACGAGGCCACAGCAGCCGUCGACCUGGAAACCGAUAACCUCAUUCAGUCCACCAUCCGGACACAGUUUGAAGACUGCACCGUGCUGACGAUCGCCCACCGGCUCAACACCAUCAUGGACUACACAAGGGUCAUCGUCCUGGACAAGGGAGAAGUGCGGGAGUGCGGCCCACCUGCCGAGCUGCUGCAGCAGAGGGGCAUCUUCUUCAGCAUGGCCAGGGACGCCGGCCUGGUGUGAGCUGAAACUGCAGGACUGGCGUUCGGAACCAGGGAUGCGCCAGUGUCUCCGGGAAGCCCAGCCUCUUAGACUUGAAUCCAAAGUUAAAAAAAAAAAAAAGAGAGAGAAAAAGGAAAGGAUGGAAACCAAAUCCAGAAA